AUGUGGAAUAUGGUACAGACCGAUCAUGACGAUAUUGAGAAGGCCGAGGCCAUGAACUCAAUGGCCGGACUCAAGUACACCAUCGAUCACACUUGGGACGGACUUCCAGUCUCUCAUGAGGCUAUCAAGAUCGAUCUGAAAUGGCACUUCGAGCGACUCGUUGGACGUCCACACAAGCGUGUAGUCAAGAUUUCCUUCGACGCCCCAUUCUUCGACGACCCAGAGCCAAUGGACCCACCAGGCAUCACACCGCAGCUCUGGGACUAUGAAGUGCUCGAAUUCUUCUUCGCAAACGAUCGGGGGCAGUAUCUUGAGGUGGAAAUCGGACCACACGGACACUGGCUCUGUCUGCUGUUUGAUGGAGUUCGCCAUGCAUUCAAUAAUGGAGAGGAACUGGAACUCGAAGUACGCAACAAGUGGGUCGGCAACCGUUGGGUAGGAGAAGUUGAGAUUCCACUCGCCUAUUUCCCAGCCAAAGUGUCCAAGUUCAACGCCUAUCACAUUCAUGGAAACGAUACAGAACGCUCUUACGCCGCCCUUACACCAGUCACCGAUGGGACAUACUCGGAGCCAGACUUCCAUCGCCUGGAAUUCUUCCAGAAGAUCAACAUGCGCCGAGUGAUUCCAGAGGGCUAUGGAGACCGUCCAUUUGCCGAUUUCAAGUAUGGAGACCUGUGGGCUGGGCACUACUGA